UCGGGUGGCUGCACGGUCUGUGCAGCCGUUCACGCGACGACGCCAAUAGACGCUACGCCAGAAAAUACCGCCAACAAAGCAGAAUAUGGAGCGCCCGUUUUCGCUAUUCUUCGGGCGUACGAAGCACUCGUGGCCGUUCCGUACGACGCUGGAAUGAUGAACGGCAACGGAGCCAGCUGUGGGAGGAGACGACGAUGCCGAACGCGUGAGCUCGACUACUCAGUCAGUGAUCGCGAAAUUAAAGACCACAGCAAAGCAACGUACGACAAAGUUCCUAGUUCCGGAAAGAGCAGCGGAGGUGGAGAGGUCACGAGCACUCUGCAACAGCCGACACCAACUCCUGUGACAUCUGCCGGAGUACAGCAUCCUGUUACUAGGGAGCAGGAGAUUAUACCAACGCCGAACAAAGGGGUGCCACCGCAGCUACCUACCACACUGAAGAUCACCCCAGCACCACCAACUCCGGCACCUACGACGCCGACCACGCCAAAGCCCACAACAACCAAACCGCCUCCCACUACGCCGUCUGUUACUACAACACCACAGUCGACGACACCACCUACCACGCUUGCACCUUUAGUUGACAAGCCACCGCAACUUAACGCCUACAUCUGCACCGUGGCCAGCGAUGGCGAGAUGGAGAUGCCAGAAGACGGGGUCUGCGACUUCACGUUCUACGAAUCGCUGGGGAAGCCCUUCGAGAGACCGGGUGAGACGUCCAUGGGAAAGUUCGCGACCUUUCAAUCCAUGGCGGCCAAGGGGCAAAAGACGCAGUUCGGCAUCUCCAUAUUCGCAUUGGACAUAGGCGCUUUCUUGAUCCACCUGAAUAAGCAGUCCGCGAAAGCGUGGGCGCAGGAGAACUUGUGGAACCACAACAUUCACCACUGGGGAAUUUUGAAUAUUUACGAGACAAUUUUUAAUCAACCAGGCUAUCUCAGAAAUGCCACUUUAUCCUUGAAGAGAGCACACGAAAUAUCAGAGCCGUCUCCUACGAAAAGAGUAGUGUCGUACACCUUCCUUGGCUAUUACGCUAAACAGCCCGCUGGCUGCGAUGAAGCUGCAGAAAUAAUGAAGAACGUUUACCGGCCCACCGUCCUGGUGAUCCUGGCUCACAUAUCUUAUACAGAACAAGAGAUUCAGGCUCAAACUCCAGGAUUCGAAUGCUAUAUAAUGCCGCCUACCAUUUACACAAUUCCAGAAUCAAUCCAGGACAGUUUGAAAUACGGGCACACUUUUGAUGACGCGGUGGAUUUGGUGGAAUGCAUGCGGAAAAAAGAAAUCUUCAAUAGUCAACUCUUCGCUAUUUCGAUCACCAUGAAAGGCCGCUGGUACACACCCAAACUGGACGAUGAAGACUAUGCAGGCUGGGGCGAGUACUCUGUGUUCAAACCGUGCAAGCGCUUCGAAAGAUACGGGAUUCCCCAACUGGUUUGCAACGAAUCAGAUUCGGCAUACUUGAAACACAUGGAGAUACAGUACGCUGAUUUACAUGCGGCUACAUACGAUAAGUCUCGAGGGAGAAAGAAAACGCUGGUUUUUGAAAAUUGGUGGACCAUAGAAGAUAGGUUUUGUUCCGCCACCAAGUACAACCACGACAUAUAUGACUACACCAUCGCUGGUUAUGACGUCAACUACGAUUACGCUCCCAGCGAUUGCGGGCUCAGGCUGCAUGGUUCAUACACUCGCACUGAGAACCUCAGGAUCAUUGCCCAAGCUAUCAACGAGUACCCUCGCAUGACGCCGUACUCAUGCAUUCAUGCUCAUUACCGUACACAGAAUUAAUCUUUAUGCUGAAGAAUAGUUUCAGUCAUUAAAGCUUUCGUUCU